UCUUGGCGUGGCCCCGACUGCGCAGUCAUGAUCACUACUGGGGCGGCAGCGGAGAACGCCGUUCCCGCGGUGCUUGACGUUGCGGAUGCCACCGGAGCUGGGACACUCGCGGAGCCGGUGUGGCCCUGGAAAGAUGCCCCGAUCCGGACGCUGGUGCAGCGAAUCCACCAGCUGCAGGAUGAGCGCGCGCAGGGUUUCCGCAAACUGGAGGAAGGCCACCGCCAGUACCUGCGGAGCGGCCCGCACUACGACUUCCCAGGCUACCGGAACACAGUGCACGAAGUGACCCAGGCCUUCGCUGCCGCCUCGCGGGAGGUGCUGGCGGUGGAGGCAGAGCUGGCUGGACCUCGCGCGCAGCCCCUGCUCGCAGGCCACGUGCGCAGCCUGCAACAGCUGGAGCAGACGCGCCUGGCCACGGUGGCUCUGCUGCAGCUGAUGGGGACACCAGAACUGACUGGGCAGGAGGACACUGAACAGAUGCAGCAGCUGAAGAUGAAGGUAAUUAAAACCAUGGAGGCCAUCAGUGAGGUUCUCCAGGACCUCAGGUUUGAUGCGGAAUCUGCCGAGUGACCGUGGCUCUCCAGAGAUGUUCAGAGGAGAUGGGAAAGGAGACCAAUGGCGUCCAGCCCGACCCUGACCACCUGGCUGAGGUCAUGCUCCUCUGGAGCUGCAGACCCUGCUCCAGUUCAGUGUACCUCACAAUAAAGAGUCCUUCCUCUGCCA